CGAGUUGGCAUUCCCGUUUUGCCAUUCACAUAAAACUGGCGGCGUCUGUCCAAUGAGAUUUUAAACUAAAAACAAUUUUAACAGCGCGAUGAAUUCAAUCAAACGCCGGAGUUCCUUGCGGAAGGCGCCUUUGAAAGAAGACGACCCGACAAUAACAACGUCAGUGACCAAACAACAAAUCAAGCGACGGAUCAGUUUCAGUGGCAAAAAGUUCGUGCGAGAAUUUGUCAACACCAAGGAGACCAACAACUGGGCCGACUCGUACGAGGUAUCAGAACACAAUGCGGAAGACAGCUCGGGAUCCAGGGCAGGAUCACUGGAUUCGGGAUCAGGAUCGAAUUCGGGAUUGCUAUCGAAACCUCCAGAGGAUGCGGACAAGGAGAAUGUUCCACUACGGGAAGAGGUCGACGUGUCCCUUAAUUUCCAGACCAGCGUGGAUGUCACCAUGUUGCCCUGCGAACUGAUGCAAAACACCAGAAAAACCACCACCGCCAUGGUCUCCAUCUCUCUGUCGUCCGAGGAGCGCAAAGUGUUUCAAAGCAGUCUCUAUGAUCAGCGUUUGAUGGACAAAACUAUGGAUCUGAUGUCGGGUUCUUUGGUAACCAGGAACCAAAGGCCACUCGCUGAUAUUGAGGAUCCCUCCUUUGAACUGCCUGCCAUAGAAAGGGAAAAAAGUGUAAAUGCCCCAGCAGCGACGGGAGUUGGUGACUCCUUCAUGGACAUCACGCCAUUGGGUUUCUGUGUCUCUCCUCCAACAGCCCCUACUGCUCCUCCUGCUCAAGCUCCACCACCGUCUGCUCCUGCUCCCAAUUCUGCAGCUCCUUAUCCUCCAAGCCAACCCAGUUUCAUGGAACUGGAAGACGACAGCAUGGAGAGGGAAAUGCGCGAGUUCAACGAGAAGGAGAAGAAAACACCAGCCCAAAAAUCACUGUUUAUGGAUUUAGAAGAGGCGGGAAAGGAGAACAACAAGAACAAAACCCAACACGAAGCCGUAGAUUUAUCCUUCGACUGCCCAUUAAAUGUCUCCGAGGACCGGAAUCAUAUGCCAUCGACUUCUUUUGAGAGCAACAACAGCACCAUUAGUUAUAUGAAAGAUGAGUCCAUGCUGAUACCGUUCGACAUGAUUUCGGGGAAAAACAUUAGCAAGAAAAUCAACUUUCGGCAACUAAACGAUGAGCUGGAGGCGGGUAAGAUUCAACUGUUUCCCAAUGGCCCAAAAACGCCAACAACGGAUCGCAGGAACAAGCAGAAGCGUUUUUGGCAUGGAUUGGAAUGGGAAGCCAUGGAAGAUGGAAGUCCCAAGAAGGACAUAAGGAGCAUAAAGCCGCGAGGAACGCUAAAUUUCAGUGAGAACAUGACCAUGUCGCCGGCUCAAACCAGUCCAGUUCGAAAGGAAAAGGAGACGCUAAAGGUGGUGGAUGACAAGCGAAAAUAUCGACUGUCCCAGGCGGAUGAAUUGAUGUUAGACAACACAAACUUCUUGGCUCACGCAAGAUUAGGCGAUGAGACGCAGUCCAGAAACACAUCCAAGAACUCUACGAGAAGGGAAACCACUUACGACCACUCUGAAUUGAGUUUGGAGUAUCCUACAAGCAGUCAGGACUUUCACUCCACAGCAAGCUCGAAGCCUGAAAUGCCCAUUAAUGUGGGUAAGAAACUGCAGCAGGAUCAGGUAGCUUUUUCCGAUAUUCCAGGCGUGAAAGCAGUUCCCACUCGUCGUACAUUGCAUCUUAAUGAAUCCAUGGAUCAGGAAGCCACGAAAUCUAUGCCCUUCAGGAGGGAGAUUGCGGUCACAACAGAGGAGAUUGUCUAUGAAAAGUCCACAAAUAACGAACAGCAAAGCAAAGUUUGGGCAUGCACCAAGACAAAACGCAGGGAGACUAUUUUGAUGCAGGAAAGCAUGGAAGAGGGCAUUAUAAGUCCAUUGAAGGAUUUGCACUUAAUACCAACAGCUGAUCGUGUAGGAAAAUGCCAAUCCGAGGUCAACCACACUCUCCGUUCAGCAGAACCCGUGGAAGAGCAGGAAGUUGUCUAUAGCAACGUUGUACCAAAAGAAAAAUCCAAAGCCAGGCCAACACUGCUUUUAGCGGAGCCCAUGGAAGAGGAAAUGGAAAGUAAUGGGAAUGAUCCGAUGGCUUUGAAUUCUAAAAGGAGAACUGUGCAUUUAGCAGAACCUCUGGAGGAGGAGGAUAUAAACCCAGGCAAGAAAUUGCCUAAAAAUAUCUUUGCGGAUCAGGAAAGAAAAUCCAAAGCCAGGCAAACUCUCCUGUUAGAAGAGCCCAUGGAAGAAGAAACGGGCUGUAUUAUAACAGAUUCACAAGCUCAUAACACAAAUAUUAAAUCAAGACAUACGCUUCUUUUGAACCAACCCAUAGAAGCUGAGGCUAACGAUCAAAUCACCAUGACGGAUACAACAGAACCCAAGAAUAAACCAACAAUAAGGCUCACAACUAUUGAUAGAUCAACUGUUCCGCAGCGUCAGAAGACUAGGCCCACAUUGCUGAUGUCUGAGCCGAUUGAAGAGACAUUCGUCGAACAGCAGUUCAUGGACCAGUUUCAAGAAAAGUCUCGCUUGAAAUCGGGAAACACUCUUAUGCAUAAGACAAUUUCUGAGAAUGUAGCAAUCGGCUCAGAGGAAAAUUCAUCUAAACAGCAUAUAUUCAAGAAAAGACAGACGCUCAUCAUGUCCGAGCCCAUUGAAGAAGAUGAUGGGCAGCCAUUAAACAUCCAAAAUAAUACGGGCCAAAAAAUGUCUCACUUGAAAUCGAGAAAUACUCUUCUUAUGCAUGAGCCAAUUCCUGAGGAUUUGACAGCCGGAAAAGAAGAUAAUUCAUCUGGACUUCAUAAAUUCAAGCCGAGGCAUACGCUCAUCAUGUCAGAAACCCAUUGAGAAGAUAAUGGACAGCCAUUCAAUUUGCAAACUAAUGAGUGCCAAGAAAAGUCUAGCCUAAAAUUGAGAAACACUCUUUUGAUGCAUGAGACAGUUCCUGAAGAUUUGGCGGCUUCCCGAAAGGAAGAUAAUUCAUCUGGACAGCAUAAAUACAAUCCAAGGCAGACGCUCAUCAUGACCGAACCCAUUGAAGAACAUGUUGCCCCGCUAAGCAAUACGACUCACUCUACGUCUUCAAAAUCGAGGCACACUCUUUUAAUGUCGGAACCAAUAGACGAAGAUGUAUGUGAGUUGCCCCCUUUGGAUGCCACAACUAAUAAGUCCAUCAAGUCGAGACAAACACUUCUGAUGUCAGAACCUAUAGAAGAAGAGGGGCAUACAUCUAAGGCUUUCAAAAAUGUCCAGUCUUGUUUUAAGUCAAAACAGACUGAUUUUAUGGAAGAAUCUAUUCAUGAAGUGGCAGUUGCAAAUGUUGGCCAACCAUCCAAGUCUCGUCAAACUCUUCUUAUGGCCGAGCCCAUAGAGGAAGAUGCGGAGAUGCGUAAGUCAAUGGCUUACCAUAAUGAUCAGCCAAGAUACCGCAUUGAGUUUAAAGAUGAGUCCAUUGAGCAAACGACAAUAAAGAACAGGAGCCAGUCGUUAAAAUCGCGUCAAACUCUCCUUAUGGCCGAGCCCAUAGAGGAAGAUGCGGAAGUGUGCAAGUCAAUGGCCUACAACAAUGAUCAGUCAAGAAAACGGAUUGAUUUUAUGGAGGAGUCCAAUGAGCAACCGGCAAUUAAAAAUAGGAGCCAGCCAUCCAAAUCUCGUCAAACUAUUCUUUUGGCUGAACCCAUUGAGGAAGAUGCGGAAAUCUUUAAUGAGCUAACAGAUCAGCCAAAGCAAAACCCGCGGCUUGAACUUAAAAACACACACAACUCAGCAGGUCCUCUGAGAUUGAAAGCAAGAAAUACGCUCAUUAUGGCAGAACCCAUUGAAGAAGUUACCGAUGUCUUCAACAAUCUUAAGAACAAUCGGAGCAGUGAUGCGGAUUUGGAAACCAAAAAGGUAUCCCACUCUUCUGGAUCAACGACAUCCAAAUCAAGACACACUUUGCUUCUUCAGGAGCCCAUUGAGGAGGAUGAUGUCACAUGCCGUCACCAUGGGGAAUCCCAAGUGGAGGAUGUAGCCCCACCGCCUGCCGUAAAUUAUAAAAAUAAAUCAAGGAAAACAAUGAUUUUAUCGGAGCCCAUUGACGAGGAUGUGGGUUUAAACCGGACAGAGAUAUCGCGGAAACCAAGAGCUACCCUUGCCAGCGCCCAACCCAUUGAAGACGACAUGCCCCUGGAGCAGAAUCAGCAAAAAAGGAUCCCUGCACCUUCAGCUUCAUGCUUUAAAAGGCAUACUUUGCUUUUAUCAGAGCCCAUGGAAGAGGAUGAGGAAAUUCCUGGACUAAGUAACCCUACCCCUGUAGAGGUGGAGAAAGAAAAAGUUGAAAAACCCAAGGGAAUACUGCGAGCAGUGAAGGAUUAUGUUUUUGGAAAAUCAUUGCAAAAGGAAGAGGGUGAGAUGGCUCCCAGUUCCAGGACCCAUCAAACCAUGGUUAUGUCUGAAUCAAUGGACUUUCAAAGUCCCGAAAAGACGAUGAAGGAUGCCGACUUUAAUGCAAUAACUCCCCUGCCCAAUAUCAAAAUAGCAUCUAGAAUUAAACAAAUGUCUACUUACACGCCUGGAAUGUCCUUGACUGAGUUCGAGUUUCAGGAGAAGAUGUGCAAGACACCUACUCAGGAGAAGAAACGUGUGACAUCUCAGCAAAAAAAGUUUUCCAUUUACCAGCCAGUGAAGAUGGAAUUAGAUGCGGACGCGUCCGAAUGUGGAACUCCAAUAAAUCACACCCAGAUGAAGCGCUUUCCCUCACAUCUCACACCCAAUCUUCCAGAGUCUAAAAAGCGACACACGGACCUUUUUGCGGCCAGUAACAUGGACAUGGAAAUGGAGGAGGAGCAGCAGGAAGAUGCUUGGCGGAUGACAAACAUAAAGUCGGAACCGGGCGCAGAUAAAUCCCGCAGGACCUUUACGAAAACGCUGUUGGACGCGUCGGUACAAGCAGUAAGGGAUUAUCACCCUGCCAUGGCUGAGUUGAACAAAAAAAGCUCUCUAGAUAUGCUGGAGUUGCCACGGAAAUCGGUGUUUGACACAGAGCUGGAGGAUAAACCCAUUACCAUCUCGGAUGUGACCAACUACUUCCAGGAGCAGCGCAAGUCCAACGAAAGGAAGAGCAGCAGCUCCGACGAUCCGAACUUUAAGAGCUUGGCCGCUACGAACACAAAGUUCAUCAAUCUGACCGGGGACACCACCGUCUUCGCAGGAAUGGAACAUUUGGAGGAGGAGGAGGAGGAACCCAAUCAGAUAGACAAUGUGCGGCUCAGUCUGGUAUCCACGUUGGCCGAGGAAACGGACGAAGAGGUCGAGGAAGCGGAUCCAGAGGAGUCACAACCAAAACCAGAGCUCUGCGAGGGGCAGCUGAACACAGUGGUCAUUGCCGGCAGCAACGGAUCCUGCAAGAAGUGUGGCAAUUGCAAUCAAUCCUUGAGCGAAACAAAGUUCAUGGCAGAUUCCUUUGCCCUGCCCCAUCAGACACUGUGGGAAUUUUCAAGGGAACGAAAGCGACUGCGCCUUCUAAGGGAGAAGCCCACUCUGAAGGAUGUCACCCGGUACUGGGAGAUCGAAGAGCAGGCACGGCUAUCCGGCUACUCCGACGAUUCUGUGGAUCAGACGAGAGUAGAGGAGGAGCCGAUUACGUGGAACAAAGCCGAGCUGCUGGAACAGAUCAAGAGACAAGUAAACGUUAAACAAAUGGUUGCAACCAAACCUGCCGAAUCCUUCUUUGGAAACCUCAAAAGUUUGCUGGCCGAACAGCAGCCAAACUGGAUCUUCGACUGCCAGCGAAAGAUCUCCCAGCAGUUGAUAUUUUACCAUCGCCUGCUGACUACGUUUCGAAUUGUGGUAAAUUACAAACUCUUGGACGUGGUGGAGGAGUCGGCCAUCCAAGUAUCCUCAAUUGAAGUGGACAAUGCGGUGGCCACUCCAAAGGAACGAUGGUCAUCGCGUGACUACCUUCUAGACUUCCAGCUUAGUCUCAAGCUACCCCUGAAUCUCACCGAUGCGAUAGAAGGCAACGACGAGGAAGCUUUUCUGAAAUUCCUUCACCGCAUUGAUCAAAGUAUUGUUGAGAUCAAGCAAACUUUCCACGAUCUGCUGACCGUUCUGUCGGAGAAAAGGGCGAGGCUCCUGCGGGAAGCGAAUCGAACUGUAGUAAGGAAGACCGUGCGAAAGUGUAUAGAGGACGAUCCGGUUGUUCGCCUCGAGAAAACCAGCUUCCUGGUUGAAAUUACCAAUAUCAAGGAGGUUUCCUUUAGAGACAUUUUGCGCCCCGAACUGCAUCUCUUCAAUGAAAACAUUCAGUAUCUGCCAAAAGGAAUUGCUUUCCUGGAAGCAUUUCUCACCGAUCCUGAGCAGUACCUUAAAACAUAAGUUUUGGACCAGU